CCUUUCUCGGCCUUUUGGCUAAGAUCAAGUGUAGUAUCUGUUCUUAUCAGUUUAAUAUCUGAUAUGUGGACCAUCGGUCUACACGAUAUUAAAUUUAUUUUUUGAGGGGGAAGGCCCAUCAAAGUAGCUUGCUACUUGGGCCUUCGCGCGUCGCCCAUGCGUUGCACUACUGCUUGGGCCUGGCGCACCCCACCAAUCCAGUUCAAGCUUUAAUGCUAAUUCAAGGACUAAUCAUGAAAUUAAUACAGAGCUUAACUAAUUAUAUUAUAGCUAAAAGCGUUAUUUAUGAAUAGCAACUCUUCUCCCCAACUACCGAUUACAGAUUUUACUGCAACCGCGAAAAUCUUCAUCAAAACCUCAUCUUUUCAUCCAUUAAAAUUGUUUCUUCUCCAAACCUCAGUGAAUUAAUAUUGGCCGAGAUUAGCUCACAAUCUACAUUGUCAUGUCAAAUUGAAGAAAUCGAGAUGCUUGGUGGUUUGUCAGCGUCUGAAUCCGCCGUUGAAGUUCUUCAAUUGGGCCGGAAUUCGUUGCUUCCUUGUGGAUUUCCGACGCUGUGGAGGCCUGUUUCUGUUGCUUCUUUUAGGAGGGAGAAGCAGAGGAUAGUUUCGGUGAGAAGCGCUUUGAAUGAUGGAGUUGUUUUCGGUAAGGAAUUUGAGUUCACGCCGUCGUUCAGCGAGUAUUUGAAGGCGAUGGAGUUUCUCAAGAAUGAGAAAUACCAAACCCUGAAAGGUAGUGACGGUAGUAGCAGUGUUGGCGGCGAUACACCGAGGGGAAAGAAGAGUGUGAAGAGAAUUGUGCGGGAAAAGGAUAAUAGCGGUGAUGAGGUGAUUGCAGCUGAAGGGAAUUCGAGAAAGGGGAAGAAAGGGGCGUGGUGUAAAGAUGAUACGAAAAGGGAUGAUAGGCAGAAUAGAGAUAGGGAUUUGAUGCGGAAUAGGAAGAUAAGUGAUGGCAGUGAGAGUGAGUCGUUGAGUGCGGAACGAGAUGCGUUUAAGCCGUUGGAAUUGGGCGAUGAUGCUUUGGGGAAGCCAAGAGUGACAAGGGUAGACAUGGAGGAGAGAAUACAGAAGCUUGCUAAAUGUCUGAAUGGUGCAGACAUUGACAUCCCCGAGUGGAAGUUCUCUGAAAUGAUGCGAAGUGCACAAAUUAGAUUCUCGGAUCAUUCUAUUUUGAGGCUGGUUCAGAUAUUAGGUAAGUUAGGAAAUUGGAAGCGGGUGCUCCAACUCAUUGAAUGGCUCCAAUCUCGCGACCGCUUCAAAUGUCACAGGCCAAGAUAUAUUUGUACUGCUGCACUGGAUGCUCUUGGAAAGGCGAGGAGGCCAGUAGAGGCUCUGAAUCUCUUCUAUAGGAUGCAGGGGCAAAUGGCUACCUAUCCGGACAUAGUAGCUUAUCAUUGUAUAGCUGUCACUCUUGGACAAGCAGGGUAUAUGAAGGAACUAUUUGACGUGAUAGAUACCAUGAGGUCGCCUCCCAGAAAGAAGUUCAAAACCGAAUUGCUUGCAAAGUGGGAUCCAAGACUCGAACCAGAUGUCAUUGUCUAUAACGCUGUGCUUAAUGCUUGUGUUCGGCGCCAGAAAUGGGAAGGGGCUUUUUGGGUUCUGCAGCAACUAAGCGAACAGAACCAACCACCUUCAAGCACAACGUAUGGACUAGUUAUGGAGGUCAUGUUGGCAUGUGGCAAGUAUAACUUAGUUUACGAUUUCUUCAAGAAGGUGCAGAAAUCAUAUAUACCGAACGCUCUAAUUUAUAAAGUUCUCAUAAAUGCUCUAUGGAAGGAAGGAAAAGUCGAUGAGGCCAUAAUGGCUGUUGAUGAAAUGGAGAGAAGAGGGAUAGUUGGCACCGCUGGUCUCUAUUAUGACCUUGCUCGCUGCCUUUGUAGUGCAGGAAGGUGUCGUGAAGCACUAAAACAAAUUGACAAGAUCUGCAGAGUUGCAAAUAAACCACUUGUGGUUACUUACACUGGUUUAAUGCAAGCUUGUGUGGAGUCUGGCAACGUUGAAAACGCAGCGUAUAUCUUCGAUCAUAUGCAGAAGUUCUGUUCACCAAAUUUAGUCACUUGCAACAUAAUGCUCAAAGCCUUUCUUGAUCAUGGAAAGUUUGAAGAUGCUAAAAAGUUGUUUCUAACACUAUUGGACAACAGCAACUUUAUUCGCCGCGAAGAAGAUUACAAAGUUAGGGUUAUUCCCGAUAUCUACACGUUCAACACGAUGCUAGACGCAUGCGCCACAGAGAAAAGGUGGGAGGAUCUUGAGUUUGUCUACGCACAGAUGCUGAGAUACGGCCACCACUUCAACGCAAAACGCCACCUUCGACUAAUAUUGGAAGCACGCCAUGCCGGGAAGGAAUCGAUUCUGGAGAUGACGUGGAAGCGCCUGGUGGAAACCGGACGGCCUCCCCCUCGUCUGCUCGUCACAGAAAUGUUCUGCACGAGGCUGGAGCAGGGCGACUACGCGGCUGCUCUGUCUUACGUUGUGAACUUCGCCUCCAUCGAAUCACAGGGUUUCUCGAGAAAGUCCUGGUCGAAGCUCUUGAUCGAGAAUGCCCACCGGUUCCCGGACCGCGCCCUCCACGAGCUCGUCCGCGAAGGAAGCGUUCUUCUUCACCGGUCCGAAAACCCGGCUCUUGAACAUCUACUGGAUUCUUGCAAAGAUUUUUUAAGGAAACAAACAUUAAUAGAUGUGAAGCAAGUAGAAGUAGGAACUAGGUUUCAAGAUAAUGCUGCCUUAGUAUGCUAAAUUAGGAAAUACUACUAUUAUUUUGUUUAUUCAUCUUACAUGUAUCCACUUAUUUACUGAUUUAAAAAAAAAUGUAUGAUGUGUCAAAAGCUGUAACAAAUGAUUGCCCACAUUCUCUGCAUUUUCUCAGCAGCCUGGCAAUAAUUUUAAAUUUUUGAUAUUGUAAUAAAUAAAUGUAUUAGGUAUGA